AUGGCCGCCCCAUCUUCGGUGCGGGGCCUCGCCAUCACCGCCCUCGUCCUCCUCCUCUCGGCCUCCACCCGCGCCAGCGCCCUCGCGCCCCGCCAGACCAACCACACCGCCAGCACGCCCCCGACCAGCGACGGAAGCGGCAGCGGCGACGGCAGCGACGACGAAAACCUCCGGCCCUGGGUCACGGUCAACGCCCAGGGCGUCGCCGCCACCGUCACCCCGACCGUGCAGGACGGCAAGUACACGUCGACCUUUGCCGGGGACGCCAAGACCCCGACCGCUAGCCCCGACGGCUCCGGUGCGUUCCUCGUGUGCGAUGAGCAGACGGGCUCGGGGGCAAGGAUCAGCCGAUUUGCGCUCCUGCGAAUGGUGCGCAGGUCAUCGUUGGCCAGAGUAACGUGGGACGCGAAUGCUCUCCCAGAUGCGGGCACAGAAAUCCGCGUCAUGGGCACCUACCUCCAAUCCGAUGGCGACGCCACCGGCGUGUUCAACCAGUCCUGGCUAUCCGAGGACACCUACCCCGCCGCCCGCGGCUACCACAUCUGGGUCCCCGACGCGCAGUCCGCGCCCGACCUCGAGAACAGCCAGGUCCAGCUCAGCCUCGUGUACCCCACCGAGACGGGCCCUGACGGCGAGACCGACUUUGGACCCAAAGUCUUCCUCGCCAUCGGCGACGACGACGAAGACGACGGCUCGCUGGCGGGGGCGGCACCGAGAAGGAGAAAGAGGCGGCGGAUAAGAAGGCCAACAGGAUCAACAUCGCCGCGGGCGUCGUCGCGGGCAUCGCGGAGCAAAGCGCAGGAGUCGACGGAUAUCCCGCUCGAGGUGUCGCCUGGGUUUCCGAGGCACGAGAGCGAUUUCCCGAGCGGCCCGCCGGCGCCGGGGAGGAAUGUGUUCCGUGAGGAGCUGGCUCGUCAGGAGGGGCUGCGACGCUGGGGAUGA